AUUGAAGAGUAUAGAAUCAGGUUAUCAUUGACCACAACAAAUUCUCCAUGGAUAUCUUUGGCAUUAUCUUCUUCCUUGUCAACUUUCUCUUCACAAGCACGUUUGAUAUUGUCUUCCUCUAUUUAUCAACAGCAACAACGGAAGAAACAGGUAGAAUUGAUAAAAGAUCCUGAUUAUAAUGAUUAG